UUAGGGUCGACCAGUUCCAUGUUGUGCAGCCAGGGCAACAAAUAUUGGAGCAACAGCUGUCGCACUUCUCUCCUGGCCGUUUGGAACCUGUGCGUAAUUUCUGAAAGCGAAGCAUAACCAAUGUACAGUGUGAACGAGAGAUUCAUGCGUUUCUUGCUGCCAUUGACUGGAAACGAGGACAAAACAUCGAUAAGAAACAACGGAACUCACCGCUGAACAUAGGCAUCGUGAGUUCUGGAUGCAGUUGAGCCAGUUGACGCGAUAGGUACAUCUGAUUGCGACAAUAAGUGGUCGACAAGAGAACGUCCAAGGUCCCACCCCUGAUUGCACCGUUCGAGGAUAAUCCGCUGCCGAUUGGAUUACUCUGUUGUCCUGGCGCGGCGGCGGCCGCGGUGGUAGCUGUCGUAGAUGAGGCAACAGCGGGAUCUUCUUGACCUGAAACGAGGAAACGAUGAAAUUGUACACGAUGAACAACCAGAACGCUUAGAAAAUGAAUAAAAUGGUGCUCUAGUGAAUGUGGGAACUUCUCAAAACAUUCUACAAAUCUCGCAAUUAUGAUUGUAAGUAGCCGGACUUUAAUCCAGCAUUUUCCAACGUAAAAAAUUAGCUGAAAGAUACAUUCUGUGGAGUUUAAUGAAGAUUUUAUUCUCGUUCGAUCGAGAUCGAGCACUUCACGAGAGGCGGAAUUUUAGCUGGAACAGUUUCGAAUUAAUACCAUUAAAACAAUUUUUAGUUUGGAAAAUGUUUGCACGUUUAACGGAGAACGGUUUUAUGGAAGAAAAAGAAAAGGAAAGGAAAUUGAAUGAACAAGAAACGAUUUACGUAUAUUCGGAUCGAAUAAAAUGAUUAUGAGAUUGAAAUUACUCUGAAGUCUUGUUGUUUUGUCUUUCAGUGUGGCAUUUGUGUUAUAAGUAAAUAAAUAUUAGAAGUAGAUACUAACAAUAGAAGUAGUUAAUAACAAUAAAGUAGUUUCAUCAGGACAGAUGUGAAAGAUAUCAUAGGAUUUCUAAAUAUGAAUAAUACGUCAAAAUGAAUACUCAAGGGGUUGACGUGAAAUGUUACGUUGCAAACAAAUACGCCACGUAAUGAAAAAUCCAUUUAUUUUACUGAAAUUUCACGCAACCAGCGGGAAUUCGUGUAUUCCCUCGGUGCGCAGAAGCUAGUUGCAUCGUACUUUAUCAGGAACGGUUGCCGAUGCACCAUGCAGAAAUAGUCGAGGCAGCAUCCCGGUAUAUACUAGUUUGCUUUCUCAUCGGUGAUCCUGUUUUUUAAUAAAUAACAUAGCGAGCUAAAUAAUUAAAUAAAUAAAGAAAUAACAGUUGCAAAUUUUAAAAGAAGAUAUUAACAUAAAUACGUAUAGUGAUUAAAAUUUUGCAUUUUCCGAAUUUUAUUUUCGAACUUCAAAAUCAGCGAUCGAUGUGAAUCAUUUUGCCCAAGCAACAAGUGAAAAAUGUGUGAUGUAACUUUUGAAAAUGAACAUGUGAAUUGUUACGAAUAGCGGGAAAAGGAUUUAUUGAACCCGGAAAUCGAGUGUUUUCUUGAAUGACGAAUCGAAAUUCCUCGUCGAUGAAAACAGACCUCAAGGAUUAUCCAUGGUUACGGACCUCCUCAACAAUCCUUGAAGACGUCAAGACAAAUUUGGCAACGGCCCAACGCGAUUUUUUGUAGAACUUUAAAGAAACUUCCGAUUGUCUGCGACUAGAGGUUUCGACAAAGAAUCUUAAAAACGAGUCUUAUCUCCCUUAGUGAAGGAAGCAAAAGAAAAUAAACAGGCCUCAACAAUAUCCACGUGAAACCGAAAUGGAAAACCAUCGCUAAAAAUAGUGAACUGGAUAUACCAGUGAACAGACUAAACAAAAACAAAAGAUGAAAACGGCAUAAUAAUGAAACAAACAAACAUUGAGCGUCUAGUUCGUGUAUCGUGAAUUUUAUACGAUUAUAUUCGAGACAAUUUGAAAACCGACCUAAUAAAACAAGAUCAACCCUUAUUUAAUUUCAUCUUCUACAAAUCAAUCUAAGAAACUCUGAAUUUGCACGAACGUCGGCGGACCAUUCAUCUUUUGCCGUUUAAUUCGUCGCUGAGAUGUGCUCGAUCAUUUAUCAUUAGAAGUAAUUUGUUAUUUGUGAGUUAUUCACGCUUAAAGCGAUAAAUGUACAACAGUGGAGAUAAAUUAAAUGUCAAACGAGAUUUUAUCGAUUUAAAGCGACAUUCCUGUGUCAGUCGUGCCGUUACUAACAAACGGGGCGGUUCUUUAAUUUGAUCCCUGGGUGAUCCUUAUCGAUACAUACUCAACAUGCCAUGUUAUUGAAAUAACCGUUUUACCCAUUUCUACUGCGUCCAUUCGCAAUAUCACAAUCGUACGGUAUAAAAUUAAUAACAGCUAUAACUUUAGCGCUGCUCAAAUGUCCUUCAAUGAACUGAUAAAGCAUGUCGACUCCUUGCCUCAUGUUUCCUUUGGUAACAAUUCUCGUAAGACUCCCUUUACACUUAAUAAUUAACGCGUAAAUAAAUUCUGUACGAUAAAUAUUCAUAAUCGCUAAAUAUUAUUCGUUUCCGAUUACAUUUAUUACAUUCAGUUUCAAAUUCCGAAACCCCAGUGUUAAGUGUGACAUUACAAGGCAAAGAGUUCAACCGCAAAUUAAAGAAACCAAGAACUCCGGACCGUAAAACAUUGACUCAUCGAACACCUGAGUAGCAAUGUUUCAUACAAAAAACACGAAGCUCCUCGAGAUAGAUUUCCCUCCGCAGAAUGUCAGUGGAUGAAUGAAAACCUCGAAUAACUUCAAACUUCAUCGUCAACGAGGAUUGUCAACUCCUUGUUUCCCCUUGAAUGAAAAUGGUACAGACGCAAAGGGACGGAUCUGGUGGGUUUGAGGUGAUUGAGAACGUGUUGCGGAGUGUCCAAUUCUACUACACGCCAAUCCUGGUCUACCUGGGUUCAUUGGGCAACUGUCUAUCAAUGAUCGUAUUCUUUGGCACGAACCUACGCCGGUACUCGUCCAGUGUCUACCUGGGCGCGUUAGCCAUCAGUGACACAGGCUUCCUGAUUUCGGUGUUCGUUGUUUGGCUGGACAUGCUGGAAGUUAGUAUAUUCGACCAGCCAGGUUGCUGCCAGUUCUUCAUCUAUCUGACCACGCUGUGUAGCUUCACUAGCGUAUGGCUAGUGGUUGCGUUCACCGUGGAGCGUUUCAUCGCAGUGAGGUACCCGCUCUAUCGGCAGUCCGUGUGCACUGUUGCCAGGGCAAGGAUUAUAGUAGCUUUGUUGACCGGAUCAGCAGCGAUCCUAUGUAGUCCGGUCCUGUGGUUCUCUGCACUAGCGGUUCAGUACAACGAGAAAGGCAACGUGACAGAGUGUGGCCACUUGACCGAGGGGCUGGAGUCCUGGGCCACCGUCUACAACGCCAUUGACACGGUGCUGACUUUCGCGAUACCGUUCACAGUGAUCAUCAUCUUAAACGUGCUGAUCGCGCGGGCUGUCUCUAGGCACAUCAAAAGUAGAAAAUCGCUGACCGACGAGCAACCACGUGUUUCAACGGAUGGGCAACCACCGUACCCCAACCUCCGUGGCAACUUGGCGCAGACCAAGAUCACUAAGAUGCUAUUAGUUGUGUCCAGCGUCUUCUUGUGCUUCAAUCUGCCAGCUUAUGUCUUCAGGAUCCACGCAUUCUCACAUUUUCAGGAAGAAAUGAACGUACCCCCUUCAGUAGAACUGGCACAGCAAAUUUGCAAUUUGUUGUUCAAUACCAAUUUCGGAAUUAAUUUUAUCCUGUACUGCGCCACGGGACAAAAUUUUCGAAGAGCUAUACGGUACAUAUUCCUGAGGAGAUUUCGUAGACGAAAUGUAACUAUGACGCAGACAUCUAGUCACGGAACGCAAAAUGCAUCAAAGACCGAACGACCGGGAAACGCGUUGAAACGCCAUGACGCUGGUAUAGCUAUGGAACCGUGGAAAGAAUUCCCUGAUCUGAAUGUUAUUUCGCAGUAAAACCUCGUACAAGUUUGCAUAAAAUGAAUAAAGCUUAAUAAUCCGGAAAUGGUUUUUUUAUAGUGACCGAUUAAAUUUUGUUAUCUUACCGGUCUCCGGUUCUGUAGUCGGAAGAGGACCCACAUUCCCAAAGAAUCGUUGAUCCAACAAUUGAAGAAGCUGAAGAGCUGCGUCGUGAACAGGAGCACGUGGGCAACCGGUACUCAUCAGUGUGACGUUGAUGAUGCUCGUGUAAUGAUCGCAAGGAUAUUCUCUGCAAAACGAAGGGAAAUAUUAAAAAUAAUUUGUAUUAUAUUUAUGUAUGAAAGAA